AAAUGUUGAAAAGUUUUGAUUUUGUUGAUUUUCUACAACUCGCUCAAAUAAAAUUGAAUAAAAGUCAUGUGGCUCUUACAUAUGCCGGGAUUUAGUAAUCAUUACAAGGUUUUACACUAAGUAGUCAAUAUGGACAAGUAUGAAAAGAUUCGAGUGGUUGGAAGAGGAGCAUAUGGCACGGUGUUCUUGUGUAGGAGAUUAAGUGAUAAAAAACUGAUCAUCAUUAAGCAGAUACCUGUGGAGCAAAUGACUAAAGAGGAACGCCAGGCUGCACUAAAUGAGGUCAAGGUCCUGUCUAUGUUGGAUCACCCAAACAUUAUUGAGUAUUAUGAAAAUUUUCUUGAGGAUAAAGCUCUUAUGAUAGUUAUGGAAUAUGCUCAAGGUGGUACAUUGUUUGAAUUUACACAACAAAGAAAUGGUCAGCUUUUAGAAGAGCAUGAUAUUCUCCGAUACUUUGUCCAAAUGCUGCUGUCACUUCAACACGUCCAUUCUAAACAAAUUUUACACAGAGAUCUGAAAAGCCAAAAUAUACUGCUGGACAGGAAGAGAGAAAUUAUCAAAAUUGGCGAUUUUGGAAUCUCAAAAGUACUCAGUAGUAAAAGUAAAGCAUAUACUGUUGUUGGAACACCUUGCUAUAUUUCACCUGAGUUAUGUGAAGGGAAGCCAUAUAACCAGAAGAGCGACAUAUGGGCAUUGGGGUGUGUUCUAUAUGAACUUGCUAGUCUAAAACGUGCAUUUGAAGCUGGGAACCUUCCAGCAUUAAUAUUGAAAAUAAUGCGUGGUACAUUUUCUCCUAUAUCUGACCAAUACAGCCCAGAGUUGAGGGCCUUGAUUCUUAGUAUGCUCCAUUUGGAUCCUAAUAAACGACCAGAUAUAAACCACAUUAUGGCUGACCCACUGGUUAUCAGUCAUCUGUUCUAUAUGUACACAGAUAUGGGCAUGGUUCCAUGCAAGACUCAACGACCUCUGUCCAGUAUGUCUGGUGCUAAACAAAGGAUUGUACAUAGGACCAGUAGCUAUACAGGAAAAGGCACUGGAGUGGGGAUAUUCCUUGACCCCCAAGAUGUGCUCCAGUCUAAGGCCCUCAGCUCUGUAUACACUUGGGGUGGAGGCAUCAUGACCCCCAACAAGCUACCAGUUCCUAGCUCAGACACACAAAUUACUCAGAUAUCUACGGGACGCUCACAGAAAGGUGCUGUGACUAAAAAUGGCAGGUUGUUUGUGUGGGAGGCCCCAGGUAUUGGUGCAGAUAUCCCUGGUGCAAUAGAUGGCUCUCAAUGUCCUGCAUUUGUGCCCCGCUAUCUGGAGGGCCAGUCAGCUGUGGCAAUACAACAUGUAGCUUGUGGCGAUCUUUUUACAGCUUGCUUGACAGAUCGUGGUAUCCUAAUGACAUUUGGUAGUGGUGCUAAUGGAUGCCUAGGCCAUGGAAAUCACCAUGAUGUUUCACAGGCUAAAAUUGUUGAAGCAUUGCUAGGUUACGAGGUUGCUCAGGUGUCUUGCGGUGCAUCACAUGUCCUUGCAGUGACCAAUGAGCAUGAAGUAUUUGCAUGGGGGCGAGGAGAUAAUGGGAGGCUUGGUCUAGGUAGUCAAGAGUCACAUAACAGUCCCCAGGAGGUGCCCCUGCCUGAGAAAUACAAGCCAUGCUCUGUACAUUGUGGAGUAGAUGGCUCCGUUGUGUUAACCUUAGAGAGAAAGAUGCUCUGCUGUGGAAAUAACAGGUUCAACAAACUCAGUCUUGAUGUUACAACUGGAAGCAAAGUCCAACAAAUUGAUGAGGUGAAUUGUUUUACUCUAGUCACUGCCCCACCUAUAGGCGAUAUUUCAGUAAAGUCUGUGGAUAUGGGGACGUCACAUACUGCUGCAAUAUCAGAGGAUGGCCAGUUGUACACAUUUGGAACUAACCAGUUUGGCCAAUUAGGCCAUGAUGUCUGUCCAGAUAGAUCACCAGGCCUAGUGAAGACAUUACAGAUGGAGCGUGUUACACAUGUUGGCUGUGGAGAUACAUUCACUGUCGCCAUCACUGAAAAAGGGAAGAUAUACUCAUGGGGUAAACCAGCAAGGGGGAGGCUUGGGAGGAAUGAUCCAGAUUCUGGGAUACCUAAACAAGUGCGGCUUCCUCUGGACCUCUUAGAUGAGACACUUGAAGUGACCUCUCUCUCAUGCAGCCAUGGGAUAACACUCUUAGCUGCCAAACCUGUGCAAUCAUCUGGUGCUGUUGGAAUACAAGUAUAAGUCGGGGCAGUAUUCAUGAUGACAUUUAUCAUGGUGACGUUAAUCAUUAUGUCAGCUGUCACAUAGACAUUAAUCUUGAUGUCAGCUGUCAAGUGUGACAUUAAUCUCGAAAUCAACUGUCAGGUGAAAUAUGAGAAUGAUGGAAACCCUAUGAUAAUCAUAAAAUGAUGAGAUCUUGUAGUAAACAGUUAUUAUUAAAUUAUUGAUUGAGUCUUGUCCCAACAAUGAUUAAUAAUGAACUGUUUAAUGAGGAUCAACCCAUUAAUCAGUUAAUAUGGUUAGAUAAGGGGAAAGUCAGUGUAGGAAUGUAUACAGUAAGACCUGUCUUAGUGAACUCCUGUCU